AUGCAGGUAUCGCUGCCUUUGGCGCUGCACCUUUCCAGCCCUCAAACGUACAAUAUAAUAACCGACGAGCGUUGGAAGCCCGGUGAGAAAUUACAACGCUUCGGUCUCCACGACUUUGCCUUCAUCGAUCAAAAUUCCGGUCGAUCGACAGCAACUUUACUCUUCGCCGCCAUCUUGCGUGAUAUAUUCAAUCACCCAGAUUGGUCACAGUUGCAUGCUUUCUUCAGCAAGAGAUUCCCUCAGGGGGAGAAACCGACCGAUGCAACCCAGAGGACUCUGACCCCGCCUAAGGACCAGUCUUGGAAACAACCCGAGGUGGUCGACUUUCCGACAGACCCCAGUUCCGUCGGCCUUCCCAAGGAUUUGGUCACACUGCUUGCAACUGCCGGUCGCACCUCACGCGCGCGCUUGAUGGGCGCCGAUCCGCAGCCAUGCGCAAUUGGCCCUGCCAUCAGUGUUGCCUGCGGCGCAGGGGCCUACAUGGACCUCACCUAUGCCGGUCGGCUACCGGGGCAAUAUGAAAAGAUGACAUACAUAGGCGGUGAACUGUAUGGAUGGAAGAAAGACAAGUUCGAUGUCAUAGCAAGCCCGAUCUCCACGACAGAAAAGGGCGGGCGGGAUCGAUACUGGGCCGAGUGGGAGGAACUCUGGUCCGUCAUCGCCGAAUGGGUAUACGAGUAUGACAGCACGUCACUUCAACUGGGCCAUCUGAGCUCUCAUAGUUUCAAGUAUCGGCUGAGCCCCGAGGAAAAGAGCUCAUUCGACCAGUUCGGCAAGAUCCCGCGUAGAUAUCUCAAAACAGAUGCCCUUGCCGCCGCCGAAGCGAUUCAUGCGGUCUUCGCUCAGCUGGCUAACGAGCCGCAGCGCUUUCAAGGAGUGGAAUGGGAAUUUUUGGAACUCUCUAUACCACCGGAGAGGGUCCCUGGACCGGGGCAAGACUCACUUGCGUACGGAGACUCACUCGCAUAUGAGGAGGUCAGCCCGAUGGCUCUGAAGCGUUGCCCGAAUAAUUGCUUUGGCGUGAGCUGGGAAGCAUGGUUCUUGUCAAUUGAAGGAGGGGAUGUUGUCGUCGUAGAGACGAUAUUCCAGGCGCUUUGGGCCGUCAUGUGGUUGGCCUCACUUCCGUUGAAUAUCAAGAUCAUUGAGAAGAGUGAUCGGUUCCCCAGAUAUCGUGAUCCUGAGGUCGUGUACAUAUGA